UCAAAAGGCCCGGGAAACCGGAUAAGAGAGAAAAAAGAUAGAAGUGAGAGCACAGCGAAGCUUCAUCGAAGAACUCCAAUGGCGAGCCUCCAACUCGCAGAUCCAAACCGCAUCCUCUUCCACUCCUCCUCCAUCCACCCUCGGAACUCCUCCUUCAAGCUUCCCACUGCCCUUCCUCUCCUCCCCCGCGCCUCCCUUGACUCCUCUUCCCCCUCCUCCAAGACCCGCCGCCGCUUCAUUGCCGACACCGCUGCCAUUCCCCUCGUUCUUUCGUUCCCCUCUCCCUCUCGCUCCGAUGAACCGUCGCUUUCCGAAUGGGAGCGCGUUUACCUCCCCAUCGACCCCGGCGUUGUCCUCCUCGACAUUUCCUUCGUCCCCGAUGACCCCAACCAUGGUUUUUUGCUGGGCACGAGGCAGACUAUCCUGGAGACGAAGGAUGGAGGUAAUACUUGGUCCCCGAGAUCCAUUCCUUCUGCUGAAGAAGAGGAUUUCAACUAUAGGUUCAACUCGAUAAGCUUUAAUGGUAAAGAAGGGUGGAUUGUUGGGAAACCUGCCAUCUUGUUAUACACUUCCAAUGCUGGAGAAAGCUGGGAGAGAAUUCCUUUGAGUGCUCAACUUCCUGGAGAUAUGGUUUACAUAAAAGCAACUGGGGGAAAGAGUGCAGAGAUGGUGACUGAUCAAGGAGCAAUAUAUGUGACAUCAAACCGGGGAUACAAUUGGAAAGCUGCUGUUCAAGAGACUGUAUCAGCCACACUCAAUAGAACAGUUUCAAGUGGGAUUAGUGGAGCUAGCUACUAUACAGGAACUUUCAACACAGUUAAUCGUUCUCCAGAUGGCCGAUAUGUAGCUGUCUCAAGUCGUGGGAACUUUUACCUGACUUGGGAGCCUGGGCAGCCAUACUGGCAGCCACAUAAUAGAGCAAUUGCAAGGCGAAUUCAAAAUAUGGGAUGGAGGGCUGAUGGUGGCCUCUGGCUUCUUGUUCGUGGUGGUGGACUUUUUCUCAGCAAAGGCACAGGGAUCACAGAGGAUUUUGAAGAAGUUCCUGUUCAAAGCCGUGGGUUCGGUAUUCUUGAUGUUGGAUAUCGCUCACCAGAUGAAGCAUGGGCUGCUGGAGGGAGUGGUAUUUUGCUGAGAACGAUGAAUGGUGGCAAGUCAUGGACUCGUGAUAAAGCUGCAGACAAUAUAGCUGCAAAUCUCUAUGCAGUAAAGUUCAUCAAUGAUAACAAAGGUUUUGUACUCGGGAAUGAUGGUGUUUUGCUUCGCUAUGUUGGUUGACAAUUGGACAAAGUUCAUCAAUCACGGAAAUCUUUCUACUUUGAAGAGAGACUAUACUAUUGCCUAUAAUGCUACAAGAGGGCCUUCUAAGGAAUUGCAUUAGUUCUCGUGCCUGUAUAUGUAUCCAUUCACAGUCUGUACAUUUUUGUAAUUUUUAUGAUGCAACAUCGUUAUCAAUUUCAAUCCAAGUUGUUCGGAGAUUAUAAUUCUUA